GACUUCGUUUAAAAAAUAAUAUACCUGUCAAGUGAAAUGUCAAUGUGCUAGUGGUCAGUUCAGUGCCUAAAUCUCUAGAUUUUAUUAGAAAACUAUCAAUUUUCGGGAUUCAACAUGUUUAAAAAAUUCGACGAGAAGGAGAGCAUAUCGGGCGUUCAGCAGCUCAAGUCGUCGGUGCAGAAAGGAAUCCGGACGCGUCUGUUGGAACUGUACCCUCACUUGGAGAACUACAUCGACCAGGUUCUGCCCAAGAAGGACACCUUUAGGAUUGUUAAAUGCCAUGACCACAUCGAGAUCAUGGUAAACAGCGCCGGGGAGCUGUUGUUCUUCCGUCAACGCGAAGGACCUUGGAUGCCGACACUCAGGCUUCUUCAUAAAUACCCGUUCUUCCUGCCAAUGCAGCAAGUGGACAAGGGCGCCAUCAGGUUCGUCCUCAGUGGCGCCAACAUCAUGUGUCCCGGACUCACCUCGCCUGGAGCAAGGAUGUCUACGGUGGACAAGGGGCAGGUGGUCGCUGUAAUGGCUGAGGGGAAGGAACACGCGCUGGCCGUCGGAAUGACUUCUCUGUCCACUAAUGAUAUUGCAAAGGUGAACAAGGGCGUCGGCAUAGAAAACUGUCAUUACCUCAACGACGGGCUGUGGCAGAUGAAACCCGUGAAAUAAAUGCAGAAAAAUGUAGCAUUUAACUACUUUAUGUAACUUUUACCUGUAAUACUAUUGUAAGCUUCUUUUUUAAAUAAAUGUGUACAGUCACAAAACAA